AUGGCCAAGAAAAAAAACAAGCAGACGGCGUUGGACGAGUUCGGCGAGGGUAUGCCUGGCGGAAGCGCAUCGCAAGUCUCUUCAAACGGCUCAGUCAAGGACUCGGCUGCUAAGAAGGCUGCAAGCGCAAUUGCCGAUACAGCUCCUGCGCUUAUCAUAUGUCGCAAUAAGCAUUGGCGCUUCAUUUCCUCCUUUCACGGUCCAUGGCUGCAGAUGCCCAUCGAGAUACUUGAAACCAUCGCGAAUAUCAAUUACAACACCCCGCGACCGCGUCCGAUCGAUCCCGCUGUAUUCUUUGAUCUCCUCAAGAUCCGCCGGCUGGUGGACGAGGCCACCAACCUGGCCGUCCGGGCGGCCAGCGAUAUAGCCUCGCCGACGCUUACGAACAUCCAUGGCGGACUCAAUGGGCACAUGUCAUCGCUGGGCUUCGGGGUGGGUAACGGUCACGGUACAAAGCUGAGCAAGGAGCGCAAAUUUCGAAUGAGAGAACAGGCGAGCCAAAAGCUCUCCCGCGCAUACCGUCUGGACGAGAUCGCUUGUAGUGUUGCGACCAUGCAAGGCGCUUCGCCCCUUGAAGAGAUUGGGUCUCUUGUGCUGCAACGCAGCAAGGAUGACCCGGAUGCCAAAUACGUUCAUUUUUUCCACGAAAAGAUACCCUCGCGACAAAUGGCCGAGUGCACCAGCUUGCAGCCCCUGGACGAGGUCAUCUCGGCGCGCCCGACGGAGGGAGAGGCACUGCGAACCAGAGCUACGGUCCGAGUAUUCAAGGACGACUACGAGGGAGCGGCGCAGGACCUGAGCACGGCGCUGCAAGUGCAACGUUUCCAUCAGCCACUGCACAAGACGCCAUCGUCCCAGGGGUUACAGCUUGUCAACGGAUCGCGCAGAAGCCAGGACGUGAUUCUGACAGAGGAACAGCAGCCCAGCAGCUUGGAAACGCAAUUGCUCUUUCAACGUGCCGGAGUAUACUUGACCAUUGCCUGCCAACACGUGGUUGACGGCUUACCAGCGACUCCUGCGAAUGGAGAGACGGCACGGGCGAACAACGUGAAUGCAGCAUACGAGCAAGAGAAUGGACCAGUGGUCGGUGAGAAGGUCCGGGAACCCACGGCGGCAGACAAGGAGGAAGCAACCAGGCGGCUGGAGCAUCGCAAGCUGGUCAAGACAUACGCCAAGAGAGCGCUUCGGGAUUACAUGGCUUAUUUGUCGCAGUUCGACUAUACACCAGAUAUGCCCCUGAAAGUAGCGAAGGAGUUUACUGAGAAGGUCAACCUCGCCGCGAAUGGCAUCCGCCACCCUCGCGUCCCGGACACGGGAAUUCCGCCACCCUACAAGAUACACCCUCUUUCCGACCUGUUUGCUGCUGUCCCGCCUGCCGAUAUCCCGCCUUACCCAUCCCAGGAGGUGUCACGUUCAUCGGAACCGGUGAAACCAGGUAGCUUUGAAGCCAUUACCUAUCAUCCGCUGCUGACCGACGCCCUCCAUUCUUUGCUGCUUUGCCACUGCUUGGUCCAGACGUCCACCAAGGAGCUUCUUCGUCAUGCGUAUAUGGUGGCCCGACUUGCCCGCCUCGCUGAUGGGUACCCGAUUUUCCAAGCAAGUAGGUCCCCAGCAAGGGCAGACUGGAUCGAGGUCCUGCGGAGGGCCCAAAACUGGAUCCAGAUGGCCGCAUCCUGGGAGCAGCUCUGCGCCCCUGCUCCCCUUCCGACGCUUGACGGACCGCUCGCCGAGCAGCAGAGCAAGACCCAUCCGUCCCCCAAAGCAGCCGCCCUCGCCGCCGCCGCCAUUACCAGAGACACGAGCACGUUGCCUGACGUAGGCGAGAGCGAGGAGCAGCGUAAGGAAAGGGUACGUCAGCAGGCCAUCAUGGAUUCGUUGAACGACGAUAGGGUUACCGACGAGGCCAGCCUCCGCGCGGCCAUCACCGCACGCCAGAAGCGCGCCGAGGAAGACCACGACUACCUCGUGAAACUGAAGCACGGCUCGAAUGGAACGUCGGCGCCCGGAGGAAACGGACAAACGUCUCCCGCCUUGCGCCGGUGGAGCGUCGAUGAUGGGAGAGAGUACCCCAUCUUGACAGAGCGCGCUGCCGCCAUCGCAAGAUGGGUAUUGGAGGCUCCGGCUGUGAGCCUCGGGACCGCCAGGCGGAAGAAAAGGUCUGGCCAGAAGAAGACGAAGGAUACCACGGGGGCGGACAGUGCAGCGAGCAGUAAUGUCAACCCGGUCGUCAGCGAUGCUGCUCGGACGGUUGACGCGACCGCCUGA